AUGGCCAAACAACAGGUAGAAAAUUGUCAUAUUCUGGAAACCCCAACAAUUCCUCUGUUGUCAAAGGAUGGAGAUGUGAUAAUUGGAGCCAUUUUUUCAAUACAUACUGGUACAGAGAUGCAGUCACUGCAAUAUACUGAAAAACCUCAACCUUUUAUAUGCAUUAGACUUGACCUCGAUGAAUUUCGACUUGCUCAGAUAAUGACUUUCGCAAUUGAUGAAAUUAACAGAAGCAACAGCUUGCUCCCUAAUAUCUCAAUUGGAUACAGGAUCUUUGACAAUUGUCUCUCACGGUUGAUAUCCAUGAGUGCAAUAAUGGCUUUGAUGAAUGGUAUGGAUGUGACAGCAGAUUAUGCAUGCUCUGGACAAGCAGCAGUACAAGCCAUCAUAGGAGAGUCGGAAUCAACCCCUACUAUAGCACUUACAAAAUCUACAGGACCUUUUAAGAUACCAGUGAUAAGUCACUCUGCCACAUGUGAAUGUUUAAGCAGCAGAAAAGAGUACCCCUUUUUCUUCAGGACUAUACCAAGUGACCACUACCAGGGUAGAGCACUGGCUUAUUUGGUCAAGCACUUUGGCUGGUCUUGGGUGGGAGCUGUGUAUAGUGAUAAUGAUUAUGGAAACAGUGGAAUAGCCAUUUUUCUUAAGGCAGCUAAAGAGGAGGGAAUAUGUGUUGAGUACUCUGAGAAGUUUGACCGGACAUAUCCUGCCAGAAUGAGUAAAGUGGUUGAUAUUAUUAAAAAAGGCACAGCCAAAGUAAUUAUUGUAUUUUUGGCAUACUUUGAUAUGAAUAUUCUAAUAGACCAGCUUAUUCUACAGAAUGUCACUGGCUACCAGAUGAUUGGUGUUGCAUGGAUUUCUGCUGUCUAUUUAGCAACCCCAGCAAGUUAUAGAGUUUUGGCUGGAGCCAUUGGUUUUGAUGUGGGUAAAUUGAAAAUUAGUAAUUUUGCUGACUAUGCCGUCAAUGAAUUUUGGCAAACAGCAUUCCCUUGCUUGAAUGCAGAGGGGAAUGAUUCUCAAACUGGAAACAACUGCAGAAAAUAUGAGGACAUGAUUAAGUUUAAAAACUACAGUAAGGAUAUAUCCGAAUUAAGAUAUGGAAACAAUGUGUACAAUGCAGUUUAUGCUGUAGCACAUUCUCUUCACAGCCUGUUUGGAUGCACAGAAAAUCAGAAAUGUGAGAAAAACAAAAUAAUACAACCAUUGCAGGUUGUCAACUCCUUGAAAAAAGUCAACUUUACCACCAGAGUAGGAGAACACAUUUGGUUUGACAGCACUGGGGCAACGUCUCCAAAAUACGAUGUAGUGAACUGGCAACGAGAAAGCAAUGGAGAAGUUAACUUGAAGGUUGUAGGUUAUUUUGAUGGUUCUUUGCCAAGUGGACAACAAUUUGUCUUAAAUGCUGAAGAUAUAGUGUGGGCUGGAGAGAAAAUAGAGCCAAGGUCUGUGUGCAGUGAGAGCUGUCCUCCAGGAACCAGAAAAGCAGCACAUAAAGGAAGGCCUGUCUGCUGCUAUGACUGUAUACCAUGUGCAGAUGGAGAGAUCAGUAACCAGACAGAUUCAAAUAACUGUGAGCAGUGUCCAGGAGAAUAUUGGUCUAAUGCUGGUAGGGAUAAAUGUGUGUUAAAAGUCAUAGAGUUUCUUUCUUUUACAGAAGUUAUGGGGAUUGUACUUGUCCUUUUUUCCCUGUGUGGAGCCACUUUAACUGUGUUAGUAGCUAUUUUAUUUCUAAUAAAAAAGGACACUCCCAUUGUUAAGGCGAACAACUCCGAGCUGAGCUUCCUGCUGCUGUUCUCGCUGAGUCUGUGUUUUCUCUGUUCACUAACAUUCAUUGGACGGCCCUCUCAGUGGUCCUGUAUGCUGCGCCACACAGCGUUUGGGAUCACCUUUGUCCUCUGUAUCUCCUGUGUCCUGGGAAAAACAAUAGUGGUGCUAGUGGCUUUCAGGGCUACACUUCCAGGCAGUAAUGUCAUGAAAUGGUUUGGGCCUCUACAGCAGAGACUCAGUGUACUUGCCUUCACUCUAAUACAGGUCCUUAUUUGUGUGCUUUGGUUAACAGUUUCACCUCCUUUUCCCUACAAAAACAUGAACUACUACAAGGAAAAAAUCAUAUUAGAAUGUAAUUUGGGCUCAACCAUAGGCUUCUGGGCAGUGCUGGGUUAUAUAGGAUUUCUUGCUUUCUUGUGCUUUGUUUUAGCUUUUCUAGCUAGAAAGCUGCCAGAUAAUUUCAAUGAAGCCAAAUUUAUCACAUUUAGCAUACUCAUAUUCUGUGCCGUGUGGAUCACCUUUAUUCCAGCUUAUGUCAGCUCUCCUGGAAAAUUUACUGUAGCUGUGGAGAUAUUUGCUAUUUUGGCCUCCAGUUUUGCUUUAUUAUUUUGCAUAUUUGUACCCAAAUGUUAUAUUAUUCUGUUUAAACCUGAACUAAACACAAAGAAAAAUAUGAUGGGCAAAAUGGCAUCUAAAACAAUAUAA